AUAGGUAGUAAUAUCUCGACCCACUUUAUUUUUAAAGAUCUAAAGUUUCGAUUCAAUCCAACAACUUUUUCUAUAUCACCAAGUAAUUACAUUCACAAUACAACAACACCAUAAAUCCGUUUAUGAUACUCACCUUGUUCACUUGCUACCUGGCAGGUAGCCUAUCACCACAAUGCCUCCCAGGACGCUUAUAGGCAUUGAUCGUGAUGUUUACCAAAUUAUUAGAAAGCUCGAAGAUGAGCAUGAGCGCAACAACUCCGAUCGGAAUGGAAGCAAGCCACUUAAAUUCACUAUUUCCGGCGUCUACGAUUCUAUCAAGCGCUCCAAUUCUAGUCUUGGGCGCAUGAAGAAGCGACCGUUAGAAGACUCCAUCGAACGAGUCCUCCGUCUACGGAAGGAAGAACGAAAGGAAGAAGAUGAGGAAGAGGCUUUAGAUGAAGCUCCCAUAGAUUCACCAAAACCUAAGGAACGCGACUACUUUGUGAUGAAUAAGCACAUCACCAAAUCUUGGAAUAUACCCAAGGCUCAGCAGGGAACCCCAGAAGCAACCACAAGUGAUAAUGUCUCGGGAGUUGAUACGACCGGUGCGGCAACUAUCAUCGAGAGACUGUCUAACGGGGAAGCUAAGUUGAAAAGGCGAAAGUACGAAAAGCCUAAGGAAGAUCGCACUCCGCCCAGUGACGUUUCUCUACUUGAUCUCGGCGGUAUGGAUGAUGCUAUCAGGGUUCUCGCCGAAUCGGUUACGUUUCCUAUGCGAUUCCCCGAAGUAUGUUUGGAAAAUGACUUGGAGGCUACUCGAGGCGUUCUUCUGCAUGGACCACCAGGUUGUGGAAAAACUAUGCUCGCAAAUGCUUAUGCUGCCUCACUCGGAGUGGCGUACAUACCGGUUUCAGCCCCUUCGCUGAUCGCUGGCAUGUCCGGCGAGUCCGAGAAGAAGAUACGAGAACUUUAUGAUGAAGCGAAAUCACUUGCGCCAUGUCUUAUCUUCAUUGAUGAGAUUGAUGCCAUCAUGGGGAAGAGGGAGAAUGCGCAGAGGGAGAUGGAAAAGAGAAUAGUGGCGCAAAUGUUAACCUGCAUGGACGACCUUGCACCCCAAAAGUUGGGGGGCAAAUUUGUCGUGACGUUAGCUGCGACAAAUCGACCAGACAGUAUUGACCCAGCCCUUCGAAGAGCUGGUCGGUUUAACCGAGAAAUAAGCCUCGGAAUACCGAACGAGGCUUCCCGUGAAGCCAUUUUACGAAAGAUGCUGUGUAACAGCAAACUUUCCCCAGAUUUUGACUACAAACUAAUAGCGAAGAGAACGCCUGGCUUCGUCGGCGCCGACUUGAAGGAUGUCGUUUCUGUUGCGAAGAACGAAAUGGUUAGAGCUACCAUGUCCCAGCUGGCGCAUGCGGGAUCUGAAGAGAUGGACCUCGACCCAGAACUCGAUAUCAACCUAGAGCCGGACGUCAAUCCGCAGCAAAAUAUCCCACCAGGACUUCGGCUACAUCUUUCAAUAAUGUCAGCUCCUGCUGAGGCGGUGUCUACAGAUAAGCUUCUGCUCACAAUGGAACACAUGCUCGGUGCGAUUGAGAAAGUCCAGCCUUCUAGUAAGAGGGAAGGAUUCACAACGAUACCGGAUACAACUUGGGCACAUAUCGGUGCUCUUUACGAUGUCCGAAAGCAACUCAUGCUUUCUAUAGUGAAGCCUAUCCAGAACCCCGAGCGAUUCAUCAGCAAGGGUCUUGAAGCCCCUUCAGGUGUGCUUUUAUGGGGUCCUCCCGGAUGUGGCAAAACUCUGCUAGCGAAAGCAGUAGCAAACGAGUCAAAGGCGAACUUCAUAUCUGUUAAGGGUCCGGAGCUUCUGAAUAAAUACGUGGGCGAAUCAGAACGUUCAGUCCGUCAAGUAUUCAGCCGGGCACGUUCAUCCGCUCCAUGUAUUUUAUUCUUUGAUGAAUUAGAUGCUCUAGUGCCCCGACGUGACGGAAACGGAUCCGAUGCCAGCGCAAGAGUUGUCAACCAACUUUUAACAGAGAUGGACGGUAUGAAUAGUCGGGCAGGCGUCUACGUUGUCGGGGCUACAAAUCGACCGGAUAUGAUCGAUCCAGCUAUCCUCCGUCCUGGUCGGCUAGGAACGAACAUCUUCGUCGAUCUUCCCGACGCGGAUGGGCGGGUUGAUAUUCUAAAAACUCGCAUGAGGCGUCUGUUGCCUUCUUACACGGACUACGAUAUCUUAGAAGUCGUGGCUCGCGACCCACGGUGCGAUGGAUUCAGCGGUGCCGACAUAGACAACCUACACGUGGCAGCCGGUCAAGCUGCAGUGGAGCGUGCCGACAUUAGGGGACCGGACGUGCUCACCCCUGAGGACUGGGAAACCGCUCUUGGAAAGAUCAAGCCCAGCGUAUCUGUUAGUCACUCGACUAAGUUUAGGGAGUUGAAAGAGCUAGGUUGGGAAUGAUUUGAAUACCCCCUGCCAUUAAAACAAAGCGAUA